AUGGAACAAACGGAUUUAAUUUCAAUUGAAGGCAAUGAUUUAGCUAUGGGACAAAAAUAUGGGAUUGUGAACUACAAAUUGAAACUACUUGAUAUAAAAGACAAUCAUUUUACAGUGUCAGCAGAUAGUUCAGAAGAUAUUUCAGUUUAUGUGAAGUCUUGUAAAGGUAGUAAAUGUGAAGCUAUUGAGAAAAUUAAAAAUGGAGAAUCGUAUCAAUCUGUAGAAUAAAACUGUGAGAAUCCAGAUAAGGAUAAUUACUGUUGGUUUGUAAUUGCUGUUGAUAGUUAAGGCAUUUAUAGUUUGAAUAUUGAUGAUAAUAAUGAAGCCAAAAUCCUAUAAGAGAAUCAAAUGAUGAAUUCUGAGAUUGAUGAAGAGGAGAAACAUUAUUUCAAAUUUAAUUUAGCUAAUUCUUAAAAUUAUAGUUCAGUCAUUUUUAGAGUCACUUCUGAAAAUGUUUAAAUUCUCGUAAGUAGAUCAUCAAAGUGUUAAUUGGUAAAUUGGAAGUGUUAUGAAUAUAGUGGAACCAGUGAAUAGCCUAUUAGCUUGAGUGAUUCUCAAUUAAAAGAUGGUUAAUAUUCCAUUACAAUUAAAGGAAUGGAAUUAGCAAAGUAUGGGUUGAUCAUAGAAACUCAUCCAAAGGAUAAGAUCAAUAUUAUAAGUAUAAGCAAAGGAUAGAUUUAUAAGUCAUCAAUCAAUUCUAAUUAAAAAAAAUAAUGUUUUAAGUAUUAAUAAACUACCAAAGGAGUUUUAACACUUUUAAUUCAUGGACCAAAUCAGAAACUGGUUAGUUAUGCAAAUAUUGAUACUGAUGAUGAAAUCCCAACAAAAGGGGAUUAUGAUGCGAUUACAGGAAAUUCAGCAUUGCAAUUAGUUAGUGAUAGGUUUAUUGCAUGUGUUGAAAUUUAGGUUUAGAAUAAUAAAGAUAUUAAAAAUGAAACCUAGUAUAAUGACAUCAAAUUCUCACUCGUUUUAUAUGAUGCUUAAUCUGUCAUUAAUUUAGAAUUCAAUUCAGCCUACUAUGGAUAGGUAGCAUUUACAGAAUAGUAAAGAUUCUCAUUUUUGAGUUACUACGAUGAAGAUGUUGUUUAUAUCACUAAGAACAUUCUAUCAAGUGGAGAUGUCAAUAAAGACUUGUAAGUGUAUGUUGGAAAUAUGUUAUAUGAGGAUCUGGAUCAAUAUGAAUAUAAAUUUUUUGAUAAUGAAGUAAGUACAUUUUCACUCUCAAGUGAGAAAAUGAAGAAAUUAUGCGACAUAGAUAACAAUGACUAAGUCACAUUUAAUCAUGACCGAAUUACUCAUCUUUGUGAAAUAUUUAUUGUUGUCAAAAGUAUAUCCAAAACACCAGUCAGAUACACUUUAACAAUUCAUAAAUAAGAUCUGGCCAUCUAAUUGACAGAUGGAUUGCAGCAAUCUUACAAUUUGUAAAACAUAGAAGAGUUUAUGCAUUUCUAUUAUUAACCUAAUUCUAAGUCUGCUGAUGUGAAUUUAUUUGCAUCCACCUUUUUUGGUAAAUUCGUUUUGCAUUUAAACAUUUGGAAAUAGGAUAAAGCUUCACACAAGUCGGAUUGGCCGUUUAUUGAUAAAGAAGAUGACUCAGAUAUUUCGAGUGGUUCAACAAAUCAAAUACACAGAACACUAAAAUCAGCAGCAUUAGAUUAAUGUUGGCCAGAUUGCGUGCUAUUGAUAUCAGUUUAAAAGAUUGAAGAUCCUUAAUUGAAAAUGUAAAAUUUCAAUGAUUAAUUCCAUAUUAUGAUAAAUUAAGGAAUGUAGGAUGUGAUUGAAGGCUAAAAGUAUGAAGUUUCAAUUAAAAGCAAAGAGUCUGUAUACUUCACAUUUAAGAAUUUGUAAAAGUUCAGAGACGAUACUUAUCUUACAUUCUCUGUAUUGUAAAUAAUAGGAAAUGUCUAUUUUACAAUAAGUGUGAAUGGUGGGGAAUCUUUUGAAUUACCCAAUAUUUUUGGAUCUUAUGACUUCCAUUCAGAUGGAUCCUACUAUUAAUUAUCUAAAGAUAAGUUAAAUGAGAAGCUAAAGGAGAAAAACAUAUCAAUUUCGAAUGCUUAUUUGAUCAUCUCAAUUUCAGGAUUGCAAAGUUAUUACAAUCCCAUUGAGCAAUCCAUUAAAUUGGAAUUCACAAUUUCGUAUAUGAAUAUGGAUUACAUUCAAAUUAUGCAUAGUCAACCUAAUGCAAUUCAUGCCAAAUAUCAACAUCCUACAAUAGUCUAAUUUUAUAAUUAUCUUAAUCAAGACAUCUUCAUUAAAUUACAUAGAUUUUUGGGAUAUGGAUCAAUGUCUGUUUUCAUUUGUAAUCAGUAGAGUAACAUAGCUGAAUGUGUAAAAGACAGUAAUGAUGCGGAAUUCAAGUAUCUUGACACAGUUUUGGCAGCUGGAAAUGAGAAUUCCUAAAUCUUGAUUCAAGCUAACGAUAAAACUAAAUUCUGCAUUUAUUGCACAUAUAUCAUUAAAAUAGAAUCGUAGGAAUAGGAAUUACAUGGUUAAUUAACUGUGGUCUUGGAAAAUGACUUUGUUAAAUUGCCAGCUGGAGUUUAAUACAGUGAUUAUGUUGAAAAAUAAAGUUCAUCCUAAUUUUCCAUUUUCUUUACUUAAGAUAGCAAAAUUGAAAUAUUUAUAUAAAUAUUUACAGGUGAUCCCAUUGUCUAAUAUUCAUUUAAUUAAAAUAAUUUGAAUUCCAGUUAAAUUAUCAAGGCAUAACCAAAUAAUAAAUAUAUCCAUAUUACUGUUCCAAGUUAAAUGUUAUUGAAUUACCAAGAAGAUACGGAUUAAAGUUCAUUAAAUAAAAAGAAGAACAACAAAUAGGAUGAUUAAAUAGGUCUAUUGCCAUCCCACUUCGUUCAUGAUGAGUUAUUCGUUAAGGUUUCUACAAAAUCCAAUACUCCCUGCAAUUACACUAUUUACUAUACAAGUGAUUUCGUUAAUGGAAAAUUGCAAGAUGGCAGAAUACACUUAGCCGUUAUUGAACAUAAUAUCACAUUUUUGUAUGAAAAUUACGACGAAUAGAUAUCGGUACUCAAUCUAGCUCCUUUGAAUUAAACAUCAUUAUAGGAUAUUGAAAUGAAAGUCUUUUAUAUCAAAAAGUAGUCAUUUGAUGAUUAUCACUUUGAGUUUUUAGAAGAAAUUCCCAUCAAAACUAGAUUGAUACAUCCCCUCUCAAGCAGUUAUGAAUUGCCUAAAGAUAAAGGAAUCUAUGAGAUUAUUUUAAAAAAUAAGAAGUAUAUUGAAAAUGGAGAAGCAACAAAUCCUACCUAAUUUAUUGAAAUAAGUGCAUCCACCAAUGAUAUUAGAAUAUUACCAAUCUAAAGACAUCACAGUGGUUAUAUCAGACCAGAUGACUUUGAUUAUUACGAGACUUAUGCUCCAUCGGAAGGGUACUUAGCAGUUGAAAUAUACUCCUGCUCAUCAGAUAUCAAUUUUAGCUUCUCCAAAUCAGACAUUUAAUCUUUCAUUGAUGAAGAUUAUGAUGAAUCAAUUGAUAUUCCAGAAAAAGAUUAUCAUGUUGAAAUGAUAUCAGUUGAAAAAGGAACUUUGUGGAUUGCCAUCACUGGAACCUCCACAACAUCCUCUUAUUACCAUAUUACAAAUCAUUUCUAUUAGAACAGAAAAGAUAUACCUUUUGGUAGGAUAUUGGCUGGCAAUGAUGGGCAUAUUAAGUGGAAAUUGGAUAAAUAAAAAGCGGAUUCAAUAUAAAUAGAAUUUGAACAUGCGACUUGUAAUAAAUGCAAUUUGGAGGGAGUAUAAAUUAAUUAUCACAUAUUUAUUGCUCAAGAUGAAAAGAAACUCUAAAUGUUAGGUUAUUGUGGCAAUGAAUAAUUUGAAAGUCAUAAGGCAAAUGAUGAAAAAAUCUUCAAAAAAAGUAUACAAUCCUAUCGUUUAGCAGAUCAUAACGGAAGUAUCGUUUAUGAAAUUGAAUUUCCUAAUUUAGUUACAUAUGAGUAAGCAUCAAUCGGAGUGUUUGCAACAGUUGACAAUUUCAUGAAUUCUACUUCCUAAAUUAAAGUAUUUUAUCGAACCAUCUAAGUACCUAUUCCAAAUUAUUUUGCCAAAUUUUUAAACCAUAAUAGAACAUUUUUAACCUUCUUAAUUAUUGGCUUGAUUUUUUUAAUAGCAUUACUGACUCUUUGGUUAUGCUAUUAUAUAAAACGAUACAGAAACACAAAAUAUAAAUUAGAUUAUCAAUUGGAGCAGGGAGCCAAAAUUAUUGCCUCCAGCAAAUUACCUCAGAGCGAUGAUGCAGAAUUCUAAAAUGAUUUUAAAAUGAAAUACGAGACAUUUGAAGAAGACUGA